AGAGCGAGGGGAGAGAUAAGGAGAGCGAGGGGAGAGAUAAGGAGAGCGAGGGAAGAGCCGCUGGAGGCGUCGGAGAUCGCGAUGUGACCACGCAGCGGAGAGAAUCACCUUGGCUACAGGAGGAGGCGGAGGGAGUUUUCAACGCGAGAGUUCUACGAGAACCCACCGACUCUGCCCUGCCGGCAUGCCCCCAUGGCCUGCGGUGUUUAGCCAGGGCUGUGUGGGAUGAUGCUGCGUGAUGACGCGGUGGUGGGACAAGAGCCUGUGCCCCAGGUCAGACGGAGAGAGAGAGGGGGAGAGCAAGGCCACGACCAUGUCGGUGAGUGAAGUCAGGGAGAUGAUCGUGCUGAGUGGAGGUGGCGGAGGAGGUGGAGGAGGUGGAGGAGGAGGAGGUGGAGGAGGAGAUUCUCACCAGAGCCUCUCGGGUUCCACCACCGCCGUCGACUCCUCGGCGUCCAAGGCGACGUGUCAGCCGCAGAGACCCCUCACCAUGAAGCUCCCCGCGACCUUCGAACCUAGGGCGCAGCCGAUGAGGGUGGCAGAGAGGGGCAGCUUCAAGUCACAUGACCUCAAGCCCAGCGGGCAAGGUGGUGGAGGCCCCACAAUGGGCUCAGUCCCAGCCUGGGGGUCAACUACGGCCGUGGGGGGUACCUGGGAGGACUCUGGACCGGUGGCGGGCGGGGUCCCCGUGGUGGGGCCCGGCGGGGAGGGGGCAUCCCCGCGGGGGGCCCACGACGCUCUGAGCCCCUUCGCCCCCGAGCCGGCCGGAUGCUCGGACUGGGCACAAAGCUGGGCCCGGGAUCGAACCCCCAACGAGCAGAGUUGGGUCGGUGAGUGUGAUCUACUGGGUGACUCUGAAACUGAUGGGCUUUUGCCAUCUGAACAGCCCUGCUUUGUCAAGGUCAGUUCCGGCUCGGAAACGUGGGACGACGCCGUCCCCGGCGAGCGGAGCGUGGGGGGCACGGGGAUCGCCGGGGGGGGCCCCGGGGGGGCCACUGGGGGUGCCGGGGGGGGCACGGGGAGCGCCGGGGGGGGGCCCGGGGGGGUCACCGGGGGCGCCGGGGGGACCACGGGGUCCGUGAGGAGGAAGAAAGCGCCGCAGUGGAACGAGGAGGAGGAGGAGGACGAUGGGCACCCCACCUGGGCCCAGGACGAGUUUGAGAAGACAAAGGCGGCCAUCGAGGCGGACGUGGCGUUCUGGGACAAGCUCCAGGCCGAGUGGGAGGAGAUGGCCAUGCGGGAGACGGACACCUCCUACCCCUGGGUCCAGGAUCCUGGGGGGGCUGGCAAGGUGCCCGGGCGAGGGAAUCCGUUUGCGGACGAGGCGCGGGCGAUGGAGGAGGGGCUGCGCUCCCUGCGGGAGGGAGACCUCUCAACCGCCGUGCUCCUCUUCGAGGCGGCUGCCACUCAGGACCCGGCCAACGCAGAGGCGUGGCAGUACCUGGGAACGACGCUCGCGGAGAACGAGCAGGACCCAGCUGCCAUCACGGCCCUGCAAAGGUGCCUGGAGCUGCAGCCCAACAACCUCACGGCCCUGCUGGCGCUGGCCGUGAGCCUCACCAACGAGUCGUGCCAGCCGCAGGCGUGCGAGAGCCUGCGCGCCUGGCUGCUCGCUCACCCGCUCUACGGUACCACGCCGGCGGCGCCGCCAGCGGCACCACCGGCACCACUGGCUCCGCCGGCGCCUCUGGCACCGCCGGCACCGCCGGCGCCCGGGCGCAAUGCCGGGGGAGACACUGCAGGGGAGAGGCCGGCGCCAGGCGGAGACGCGGUCGCCACCAGCACCACCGCGACCACCACCACCACCGCCGCCGCCGCCACCACGCAGCCCGCGCAGCCGGUGCCAGACCUCCUGCGCGAGGUGAAGGCGCUCUUCCUGCUCGCCGCCCGCGAUGGCCGCGCCCCCCGUGACCCCGACCUGCAGACGGCGCUCGGGGUCAUCUUCAACCUGAGCGGGGAGUACGAGCGCGCCGUCGAGUGCUUCACCCACGCCGUGCACGCUCGCCCCGAGGAUCACCUGCUGUGGAACAAGCUGGGGGCAUCGCUGGCCAACGGGAGCCGUAGCGAGGAGGCGGUGGAGGCUUACUACCACGCGCUGGCGCUGCAGCCCGGAUACGUGCGCUCCUGGUACAACCUGGGCGUCAGCUGGCUCAACAUGGGCGCCUACCGGGAGGCGGUGGCGGACCUGCUCGAGGCACUGGUCAAGCAGCGCAAGAGCCUCGGGAGACGGCGCGAUGGGGCCGCGAUGUCCGACAACAUCUGGGCGGCGCUGCGCCUGGCGCUCAGCGGCAUGGGCGAAGCGGAGCUGUGCCGCGCGGCGGAUGCCCGCGACGUGCAGACGCUCAUACAGGCGUUCACGCAGCAUUGACGGCGGCGGUGCAGGCCCUGCUACGGGCGACGGUGACAACGGGACCGCGACGCUUACGACUUCAGACUUGGGACCAGGCGCUCGUACGGGCGUUUACGCGGCGCUGACGACACCGACGCCGCCGGCCAACGUACAGGCGACGGCGUGCCUCAGGCCGCGGCCUGCUACAAGCGGCGGUGACAACAGGACCGUGAUGCUUACGACUUCAGACUUGAGACGAGACGGUCAUACGGGCGUUCACGCAGCACUGAAGUGACGCGGUGCCGGUCACGUGCCGACCGCGCCCUGCUACAGGCGGCGGUGACGACAGGACCGCGACACUUGCAGCUUCAGACUUGGGACCAGGCGCUCGUACAAGCGUUCCCGCAGCACUGACGUGACGCCAGCCGGGUGUGGGCAGUGACCUCAUACAGGCAGCGGCGAGGUCAGCGCUUGAGACGAGGCGCCCAUACGCAGUUGGUUGGUGACGUUAGUACUGUGAGGCGACAACUUCAGACCAGUCCCCCAUACAGGCAUCCAUGCGCCACUCGUGAUGGGCGCCAGGAGGCUCAUACAGGCAGCGGUGAUGUUAAAUAACAAAAACACUCGCACAGACGAAAGUGACCUGAAGAUGUCCAUGCGGGCAAUGGUCAAGUCGAGACUUCAGCCAAGCUAUUGACAUUCGCAGGUAGUGCGAAUAACCACACAUACUGGCAGCAGUAGCAUCUGGAAUCUCAUACAAGCAGCAUCCACGACGUCUCGUAUAUGUUGUUCCGAUGACUGCUGCUCAUAUUGGCAGCAGAGCCGCGCUCCUACGGGCGUUUGUUUUAUUACGGAUGAAAAUCACCACCGAUAUUAACUUCAACUUAACUCAUUAAUCCACAGGAGAACCUCCUCAGUCUCAGGGGGGUCCUGCCGUUGGGACGUUGCCCCCCCCCCCCCCCCCCCCGAUUCCCUUUUUUACUCACGUUUUAGUUUCGUGUGGGAGAAAACCGGAGACCCCGGAGAAACCCCCACCACACUGAAAGGAAAGCAAUAACAAAUGUCCGUAAUGGGUUCACGAAUCCACUUGCAGGGGUCAGGGUUAAUAAGUUUCGUUGCGCAUUGCCAGUGAGCACCGACUCUGUUCGCUGCGUGCGACCGCGACGUCAGUGGCGUGGCUCGAGUUCUGCAGUGGUAAAGCCAACCUGGCGCCUCCUGAGCCAUGCCGGGCUGGCUCGGCACGGCUCAGUUGUCCAGUGGAAAAAGAGAAAACAUGUAUCAGAGUCAGCGGGGACCAAUUGACCAAUGUUGACUUCCCACCAAGUGCUCAACUCUUUAUUGGUCCUGGACGGAUAAUGAUUGGCCAAGGCAAACCAUGACUAGGAAAUGUAACUUACGGCCGUGUGAAUGCUCUGACCACAUUACAUACCAGGCCUGAUCUAUAUAACAGGGUAUAAACACAAAUCUGCCACAUUUAUCCCAAACAAUUUAAAUGUGUUAACUGAAGCCUUCUGUGUCUUUGUGAGUGUUAGAUGGAGAGAGUGUGGGGUCAUCUUCAACUCACAUGAACUGAACCACGAGGGGAGAGAGAAGGUGGCCUUUCCUCUUUGUCAGGAACCCCGAUCAACUCAAUUCUUUUAGGUAAUCAGCGAGAACGGUCGCCCGAAGAUAGUAUAAAAAUAAGAAUAUCGGAUAAGAUAGAUAGUAUAAAAAGUAAUCACACGCACGGUAAAUUCGCGACCGAGAUCAAUCGGCCACCCAUAAAUUGAUCGAUGGAGAGUUUUGACGGUGAAUAUCCGGAGCUGUGAUCCCAGGCUCGGAUGUAGCUUGAAGCUUCAUUGAUGAGAAACGAGCGUUCAAAAGUUACUCCGACCCGCAGUGGAGCUUUUGUGGCAUUACACCGUGGCAUCGCUGCUCUUCAAUGCGGCCCGCAACGUCCCAAGCGGGGCGCCGUUCACUUCCACUUACCAAGACGCCGAUGGAUUCGGUGCCAGCGCGGUGGCACUUGUCGCCAAUCUUGGAAUUCCCCUGCUUGCCAAACCCCCCCCCCCCCAUGUGCCUUAACACGGCCACCUCCCAGCAUGCAGCUCCUAGCAUAUCUGCGUUGUCGGCUUCUCACAAACGCACGGGCGCUUCGAUCCGUGGCCUGUAGUGCCGGCCUCCCGCAAUGCACCACCGGCACCUGCGUAAAGUCGGGUGGGUUACCGCAACCGUGUCGCUAAAAGGGCGGUUGGGAGGGUGGGGGGCAUCAACAUCCCGCUGUCGCCUCUGCGAUCGUGACCAAUUCUUCCGUUUCUCAUCAAAUGGAGAAGCAGCGGCAUGGCCCGGACUUUGAGACAGUCCGGGCCAUGCCGCUGCAAAUGAGCGCGCAGCUAUGAAGCGCCGACUGUGUAUUUUUGGAACCGACAAAUCUCCGCACCGGGAUGCUGGUCCCCGUACCAACGAGAUAAGUAAAUAAACAACUUUAUAAACCAGGCCACCGCCUCCUACCCCCCCCCCCCCCCCCCCCCCCCCCCCCCGUUGAGCUGCAGUUUGCCUGCGACUUCCUCUUCUGGUUACGGAUGUGGUUCUGGCCCUUGUGCGCCUGUACCGGCCUCUAUAGAUGCUCGCCAACAGCGCUUGCCUCAACAGUCUUGUUAACGGCUGCACGGGUCAACCGUCUUUGCCCACCGAAGGCAACACAUGUCCUAUGUGGCCCUCGGCAAAGGACAAACUUGGCCACCCCUGCCCAAAGCCAUCUUUGUCAUAACAAGAUUGGCCAUAGUGGGCCGCACAGGCGGCCGGAGGGAGGGAUGGGGGGGGCCGCUGUAGGCCGCAGGCAAUUGCUAUCGCUGCUGUUAACCUUACAAACCCCUAUCGUGUGCGGUGUGCUCUUCCAAAAUGCACUUUGUUAUGGUCUUAGGACACCAAGAGAAAUGUAUCAUUUUCCUGUAAUAAUCUCUUAAUCAACUGUGUGCAAUAAUAUAUGCUGAAGUGGAAAAUGUAUAACGUAUAAAAUAAACCCUCGAGCACCUGAA